CCGCCCCGUCUGGGAGGUGAGGAGUGCCUCUGCCCGGCCGUCACCCCGUCUGGGAGGAAGUGAGGAGCACCUCUGCCCAGCUGCCCUGUCUGGGAGAUGAGGAGCACCUCUGCCCGGUCGCCCCGUCUGGGAGGUGAGGAGUGCCUCUGCCCGGCCGCCACCCCGUCUGGGAGGAAGUGGGGAGCACCUCUGCCCGGCCGCCCCCUCUGGGAAGUGAGGAGCGCCUCUGCCUGGCCGCCACCCCGUCUGGGAGGAAGUGAGGAGCGCCUCUGCCUGGCUGCCCCAUCUGGGAAGGGAGGAGCACCUCUGCCCAGCCGCCACACCGUCUGGGAAGUGAGGAGCGCCUCUGCCUGGCCACCCCGUCUAGGAGGUGAGGAGCGCCUCUGCCCGGCCGCCCAGUCUGGGAAGUGAGGAGCGCCUCUGCCCGGCAGCCCUGUCUGGGAGGUGAGGAGCGCCUCUGCCUGGCCGCUACCCCGUCUGGGAGGAAGUGAGGAGCGUCUCUGCCCGGCCGCCCCGUCUGGGAAGUGAGGAGCGCCUCUGCCCGGCCGCCCCCUCUGGGAAGUGAGGAGCGCCUCUGCCCGGCCGCCCCGUCUGGGAGCUGAGGAGCACCUCUGCCCGGCUGCCACCCGGUCUGGGAGGAGGUGAGGAGCGCCUCUGCUCGGGCGGCCCCGUCUGGGAAGCGAGGAGCGCCUCUGCCCGGGCGGCCCCGUCUGGGAAGCGAGGAGCGCCUCUGCCCAGGCGGGCCCGUCUGGGAAGCGAGGAGCGCCUCUGCCCGGCCGCCCUGUCUGGGAGGUGUACCCAACAGCUCCGAAGAGACAGCGACCAUCGGGAGCGGGCCAUGAGGACGAUGGCGGUUUUGUUGAAAAGAAGAGGGGGGAAGUGUGGGGAAAGGAAGGAGAGAUCAGAUUGUUGCUGUGUCUGUGUAGAAAGAGGUGGGCAUAGGAGACUCCAUUUUGUUCUGACUAGGAGAAAUUCUUCUGCCUUGGGAUGCUGUUGAUCUAUGGCCUUUCCCCCAGCCCCAUGCUCUCUGAAACAUAUGCUGUGUCAACUCAGGGUUAAAUGGAUUAAGGGCGGUGCAAGAUGUGCUUUGUUAAACAGAUGCUCGAAGGCAGCAUGCUCUUUAAGAGUCAUCACCACUCCCCAAUCUCAAGUACCCAGGGGCACAAACACUGCAGAAGGCCGCAGGGACCUCUGCCUAGGAAAACCAGAGACCUUUGUUCAUGUGUUUAUCUCCUGACCUUCUCUCCACUAUUAUCCUAUGACCCUGCCAUAUCCCCCUCUCCGAGAAACACCCAAGAAUCAUCAAUAAAUACUUCAUAAAUUAAAAAAAAAAAAAAAAAAAAAGGAAUGAGGAAGGGCACCAACUUCUAUUUUUCCAAAUGGCCCGCCAGUUGUCCUAAUGCCAUGCGACUGAAAAAUCUUCCCGCGUGUUUGAAGCGACCACCCCACCAGCGCAUUGGAAACCCGCGUGUCGGUCCUGCGCCCGCUGGUUUCCGUGUGACAGUCCCGAGCGCAGAGGGAUCGGGCAGAGCCCGCACGCGUCCGCCCCGAGCCGCCGGCUCAACCCUAGACCCAGCCCCGGCGCCGAGGACGCAGCCCACCCCGCUCCGCCCGGGCCUAGGUCCCAGUCCACCCUCACAAGCCGAGGACGCCCCCUUGACCCCGCCCUCCUCCACCCGCUCCAACACCCUCCCCGCCCCGCUCCAGCUCAGCCUCUCCUCCCGGAGGCCAAUGGGGCCGAACAGCGCUUUCCGAGACAUUAAUUUAAAUAAAAGGCGGGUCCUCUGCUGUUAUUUGCAUGGAGGCGGGUCUUCCGGAGCGGCCGGGACACCCAAUCCUGUAGGAGCCCGGACCCUCCCCAGCGCUCAGACUGGCCCAAGUAGCGAGUCCCACAGAGAGGCCUCAUUUACAUAGGGCGGGGCCACGUCCUCUUCUAGCCCGCGGCCGCCCGCCCGCUUCCGUCAGCCUCACUGCGGCUUCCUUCCGUCUCGCGCCGAGUUUCCCUCUGCGUUCGCUGCGCGCUGCUGGAGGCUGUGGUCGCAAUGCUCCCCAAACGGCGGCGAGGGCGGAUCGAGUCCCCUAGCGGCGAUGCCGUUUCCUCCACGCCGCCCUCGACGCGCUUCCCCGGAGUCGCCAUCUACCUGGUCGAGCCUCGCAUGGGUCGCAGCCGCCGGGCCUUCCUCACAGGCCUGGCGCGCUCCAAAGGCUUCCGCGUCCUUGACGCCUGCAGCUCCGAAGCAACACAUGUUGUGAUGGAAGAGACCUCAGCAGAGGAGGCCGUCAGCUGGCAGGAGCGCAGGAUGGCAGCUGCUCCCCCGGGUUGCACCCCCCCAGCUCUGCUGGACAUAAGCUGGUUAACAGAGAGCCUGGGAGCUGGGCAGCCUGUACCUGUGGAGUGCCGGCACCGCCUGGAGGAGGCUCUAGAGACACUGGCCGAGGCAGCGGGCUUUGAAGGCAGUGAGGGCCGCCUCCUCACCUUCUGCAGAGCAGCCUCGGUGCUCAAGGCCCUUCCCAGCCCUGUCACAACCCUGAGCCAGCUGCAGGGGCUUCCCCACCUUGGAGAACACUCCUCUAGGGUUGUCCAGGAGCUGCUGGAGCAUGGAGUGUGUGAGGAGGUGGAGAGAGUUCGGCGCUCAGAGAGGUACCAGACCAUGAAGCUCUUCACCCAGAUCUUCGGGGUCGGUGUGAGGACUGCUGACCGGUGGUACCGGGAAGGACUACGAACCUUGGAUGACCUCCGAGAGCAGCCCCAGAAACUAACCCAACAGCAGAAAGCGGGGCUCCAGCACCACCGGGACCUGAGCACCCCAGUCCUGCGGUCCGAUGUAGAUGCCCUGCAGCAGGCGGUGGAGGAAGCUGUGGGGCAGGUCCUGCCUGGGGCCACCGUCACGCUGACCGGCGGCUUCCGCAGGGGGAAGUUGCAGGGCCAUGACGUGGACUUCCUCAUCAGCCACCCCAAGGAGGGUCAGGAGGCAGGGCUGCUGCCCAGAGUGAUGCGCUGCCUGCAGGACCAGGGCCUCAUCCUGUACCACCAGCACCAGCACAGCAGCUGGGAGUCCCCUACCUGCCUGGCCCAACAGAGCCACAUGGACGCUUUUGAGAGAAGUUUCUGCAUUUUCCGCCUACCACAACCUCCAGGGGCUGCUGUGGGGGGAUCCACGAGGCCCUGCCCAUCCUGGAAGGCCGUGAGGGUGGACUUGGUAGUCGCACCCAUCAGCCAGUUCCAUUUCGCCCUGCUCGGUUGGACUGGCUCCAAGCUUUUCCAGCGGGAGCUGCGCCGCUUCAGCCGGAAGGAGAAGGGCCUGUGGCUGAACAGCCAUGGGCUGUUUGACCCGGAGCAGGUACAUUGUUGGGGACUGGGGACAGCAAACAGCACCCAUAGUCCUCUCCCUGACCUGCAAUCUGAAAUGGCCCCGGACCCCUCCAGCCUGAAACCCAUAGGACCCGAAUCUGGGUCUCCACACGCAGUUCCUGGCCCUCAAGAGCACACCCCACCUUGGCGCUGGGCUCUUCCCCGCCCUCAGUCUUCCUGCAGGGAAGCAGCAGUGGCAUGACUCCUAGGUCACGGAAGUCCUGCUUCCGUUGCAGAAGACAUUUUUCCAUGCGGCUUCAGAGGAAGACAUCUUCAGACACCUGGGCCUCGAGUACCUUCCUCCAGAGCAGAGAAACGCCUGAGCCGGCCUGUGUCCCCCACUUCCACUCAGGAAAUCGGGCUGCCCCCAACCUGGCCACUGAAUGUCUCCAGGCAGAUAUGCUGCCCCCCGACCCCCACCUUCACCCCUCCCCGCCAGGGCCUGGCUCUGCCGGAGGUCAGUUGUGCCUGAAGGAUCAGUUGAGCCCCUGCUGGUGUGCUGCAGGGUGUGGUGAGGUGGGAGCCUUUGGUGCCAGCCUCAUCGCUGUGUGACCCUGGGUCUGCUCUUAGCCUCCCCAUGGCUCACGUUCCUGCCCUGGAUGGGAUGUGAGCGAGGCCCACUUCGUGGAGCUGUGGCAGGGCCUGCAGUCAUGAAUGGCAAGUGGUCCCUGAUGUGCAGUGUCCCAUCAGUUGCACUGCAGUUACUGUGGCUCCUGCAGGGCACCCUGCCCAGAAUGCCCAGAAGAGAACCAUGCAUACCUGCGCUGCGUUUGAGAGCCGUGAGCUGGAGGCUGUGGUUCUUGCCAGCAAGGAGCCUACUGUUUGGUGUGCUGUAGGCAUCUGGAGAGAGAGAGGGCCUGGGUAGGAGUUAGGAGGAAGAUAAUUUUCAACUAUGGGGCUUCAGUACUGCAGUGCCCCAAGCCAGGCUCUGUGCUUCUGCCUUUAAGGCCUGUUCUCAGCACAAUGUCUCAAAAACAGGUCAUAUCCUGCCAUUCCCGUCGCAGAGCCCUUUAACGGUUCCAAACCCUAAGUCCACACAUAGCCCCAUCUCUCCAGGCCCACUGGCCCCAAGCUGCUUGACUCACCGGCUUCCUAUUUGAUGCACCCAGGCCCCCUUGUGGCCAACUCCCUCCCCUUCACACUGAGGCAGAAGCACUGAGGUGGGCUGGACAUGGGUGCCCUCCACGUCCCUCAUAUCCCCAGGCGCGCUCUGGCCUCAGGCUUUGCCCUGGCCAUGUCAUCCACCUGGAGUGGGCCCUCCCCUUCUUCAGGCCUUGAAUCAAAAGUCACUUUGUUAGGCGAGGAUUUCCCAGACCACUCAUCACAUUAAAAAAUAUUUUGAAAAUGAA